AUGCUGCCAUGGCAACUGGGGUUAAGCGGUGUCGGCAGUGAUAUGGUUGUGAGGGUCGGGCCUAGGUCGUCUCUGUCACUCCCCAGAGCCUGGAUCUUCUGUCUGCUCGUCGGAAUCUGGUGGAUAGGCUCGGCUACCGUGACUUCAGGGAGCCUGUUCUACAGGCAAGUUCGCCAUGUCCAGGGCGAUCAUCGCCUCGGCAGACUGCAGGAGGCUGAGGAGAUGGACACCUCGUCCAUCCUGAAACCCCGCUCCCGGCGACAGAACAUGUGGUAUGAAGGCGCGACGGGACUGGCCCCAGAUGUGGCCCAGGGCCCCCAAACUCCAACCGGUCGUGGAGAUUCGGGUGGUGUCUCCUUUUUUACUCGAUUAGCACCAACUAAUCGAUCUGUGAAGGACCGCAUCUUAAACCGAUCAUUUGCCGGCUAUAAAAUCUAUGAAAGGCCAACAGAGGGUCAGAACCGACCGACCGUGGUGAUCAUUCACAUAAAAAUACUCGCCAUCACGUCAGUGGAUGUGAUCAAAAUGGAAUACACAGUUGAUAUGUACCUACGCCAGCAGUGGAUAGACGAGCGUCUUGCCUGGGAUCAUAGUGAGGAGUUCGAGAAACACAACUCCAGCAUUUUGUUGACCCUACGCAGAGGAGAGCUCUGGUUGCCGGAUCUCUUCUUCCGGAACGGGAAACAGGGCUUUAUGUAUGAGAUGACUACUCCAAAUUGCCUGGUUAGAGUGGAGCCGAACGGACAGAUUAUGUUCAGCCAAAAGAUCACCAUGCGCUUGGGCUGCCAGAUGAACCUGCUCCACUUCCCUAUGGACAAGCAGAUGUGCUACAUAAAUAUGGGCAGCUACGGCUACACUGACGACUAUCUG